AAUAAGGGAUAUGCAAUGCUUAUACGACAUAUCUUUAUAAUCAAUCGCGCUGGAAGCUUAAUUUACGAUUGGGAAGGUAAAACUAGUCAUACAGCUAUUGAAAAAACAUUUACUUACCCUAUUGAUAUUGUGCUUGACAUAGUUGACCAGAAAGUGACUGUUGUAUUCGGCGAACGACAUGGAAUUGGACUGAGAUAUACCGUGUCUGCAAUAAAUGGCUCACCAGUACAAGCAUGCAAAGUAAUCUACGAUGGUGUAGAAAAGGUUGCUUUAGAUGUUAUUCGGGAUGAAAGCGCAUAUCCUCUCAAUAUUCGUUUUGAGCCACCAACAAUUUCUACAAAUGAAAAGAUCAUUCUUUCAAGCACAUUUCAUUCACUUUAUACAAUUGCUGCACAACUAAGUCCUGUAUAUAAAAGUUCAGGCAUUGAAGUGUUGACAACGAGUCAUUUCAAGCUUCACUGUUAUCAAUCGACUACAGGCGUAAAAUUUGUUGUGGUUGGCUCUGUUUCAUUGAGUAGUGGCGUUGAUGGGCUUUUGCGACGAAUUUACGAACUUUAUGCAGAUUUUGCUCUAAAAAAUCCAUUCUAUUCUAUUGAUAUGCCAAUACGCUGUCAGCGAUUUGAUGAUGCUAUUGAAAGUCUUAUUGAAAAACAAGACAAGUUCAGCAUGCUUACGAUUUAA